AUGUCCUUCUUCCGCUUGCCAUCUUCCAAGGAGAUUCGGCUUCCCAGUUCCUACAAAGGUUACUUGAGGCUGCGCUGGCGUGGUGGCGUGGUGCAUCUCUUACAGUGGAACUCACCUUUGCUGGCCUUGGCGGAGAUCCCAGGAGCGCAGAUGCCCAAAAGGGGCCAGGAUUUUCCGCUGCCCCCGGUGCUGCGUGCACCGGAUGUGUCGGUCGUGGAAAACGUUGCCAGAGCUACUGCAAAGAAGCUAGGCUCUGCUCAGGGUCUUAAGUGUCAUGAUGGUAGGGUGUUCCUCAACACCUUGAAGCAAGCUGCAAAGCUUGACAUCCGUGCAGCUGUGAUUGAGAAUGUGCCUGGGCUCCCUAGGCAUCAGGAUUACCGUGAACUCAUGUCAGGUAUUGAAGCUGAAGGUCUCAAACUCCAUGUUCAUGGGAUUUUCACAUGUGCCAAAAUCCUGCCGGUGCAGCGAGAUAGGUGGUUGGGUACGUUCAUCCAUGUGUCAGUUGAAGUGGAUCCUGCCAAAAGGAUCAUGGCCAAUGCGAUCUCCUUUGCCGAUCGUGCAUUCGAAUCUGUUGCCAAGUGUCCCACAAUCAGAGAUGCGGACGUACUCCAUGUCAAUAUGAGUAGUGCCGAAUUGAAACAACUGACAAUUUGUGAGGAGUUGAUCAAAAUGUUGUCCAUGAUUGAUUAUGCCCCUGCUUGGCUGAAGAAUCGAUUGAAUGGCAUUCCUUAUCCCUCUGCUGAGAAUGUUCUCCAGGCCAGGGUUGUGAUCGACUGUCAGCAGUUUAUUGGUUUCAUGGCUAUGUACGGCAAGCAACAUACCAUCCCCGAUGAUUUGCUGAAAGCCAAGGGUUUGCAGACCAUGGUAGUGAGAGAUGCGAAUGGGAUUAGGUACAUUUCUCCAUGGGAAAUGAUUGCCAGCAUGGGUUAUGCCAGUGACACCAUUCUUUCUGCCGACAUUGAAGUCUCUUGGCGUAUGGCUGGUAAUGGACUCUCUGUUGCCCAUGCUUGGUUGCAGUUGUAUAAGACCCAUGUGCUUCUGGGGGAUGUGUCUCCUUUUUCGCCAAAGGGAACUCCUGUGCAGCAGGUGGCCGCCUUUCAAAAUGAUGCCAUCAAAUUGUCGCAGUGGGAAUCCCAAAUUGCUGGCCACUUCUGGGUACUCAAGCCUCAUGUGGAUCAGCCUCCUGAGAAGAAAGUGAGAACACAUAUCGCCAACACUGCGUAUGAUGCCGAAAGUGUUCCUCCCACCAUUCCUUUCACUGCACUUGACCCCAAUGACGGUGCCACCAGUGAUUUGAUGACGUUGGUGUUUUGCCCUGUAUUCACCAAGAUCUCAUGCCGUGAAGAAUCCUUGAAAGUUGCACUGAAUCUGCAAGUGGAUGCCACGUGGACAGCCCGUACUGCUGUGGCUUACUCUGCUGUCAAAUUGGGAUGCAACCCGGACGCCCUGGUGGUAGCUUCCAACUGCAUCCCACUGAAAGAUGAUGACUUUCUGUUGGAGUACGAAACCACGGAAUUCCAGCUCAAGUUCAAAGCUUGUAUGCCUGGGUACAUCAGUUGGGCACCGAGUGCGCGUGAAACAUGUGAUGUUGGUAUGGCUCCUGUCCCAUGCACCAUGAAGAGAUGGUUUGCCAGACAUCCCACCAAAAAGACAGUUCGCAGCACCAUUUGUGUCAGCCACAAUACCAGUGUCCAACAGCUCGUGCAAGGUGUCUUUCCUGAUUUGCAUGCCACCACCGCCUGGACUGCAUUCCGUGAUGAUGUUGAUAUCAGCGGGUCGGACAAGGUGAAUGACAUUGGGGCCAUCCAGGUCCAAUGGAAUGGAUUUCGCCCUUUGAGAGCCACCAUGAUCAGUACCAUGAGACAUCAUGGAAAGUCUGCAGAUGCUGCUGCCAUUCAGAUUCAGUACGCGUGUGGUGGAGUGAAGAGACAUGUAAGAUCUCCUUUCAAGGUCCGAUGUGAUGAAUUGACCCUGGCGCAUGACAUGACGGUUGGUGAAAUCGCAGCCAGUUUCAUGACUGUUGCACAACUCCAAGUCAGCAUGAUUUGCACUCAGGGAGCACAUGUCCUUGACCCGUCCGUGUAUGCCAAAGAUACCUCUCCUGAUGAAGUCCUUUCAUUCCGGAUUUGCCCCCUGAUUGGAGGAGCCAAAAAUGAUGCCAGAACCCGCAUCGGGGAAAUGUUGAAAAGUAAGGGAGUCCCUGAAGACAAGCUUGAGGAACGAUUGAAGGGUUUGUUUGAGAAAGUUUCUCCAGACAAAUUCAAGCUCAAUCUCAAUGAUGAUGCCUUCUGGACGCAAGUCAAGACAGUUGCGAGUGAAAACAAGUAUCGCUUGAUCACACAUGAAGAGCUCAAAGCUUUUCAAGCUGCAGGCAGGAAGGGAAAGGCCAAGGAAGCUAGCAGUGAUUCCAAGUCCAAAGUAGAGAAGGAAGCUUUCGUAGUCGAUGCCAGCAGAAUUGCCAUUGACGUUUCUCACUUCUCUGCCAAUGAUGACUGUGUGAACCUUAUCGAGGCAACGAGGUUUGGACCUGAUCAGGCUGGACUUUGCGUUGUGAAUGCAUGCGAUGUUGCCAAGUGGAGCACUGCAGGUGUGAAGAGCUGUGAUCCCCUUGCGCUGCUGGUGGUUGGUAAGGGGUGUCAUGAAUAUGGAGAUGUUUUCAACAUUCCUGCACAUACUACAGGAGGAACUCCCAUCAUUGUCCAAGGAUGUAUCAUCCAAUACGGUGAUGUGCCCAUUGAGUUCAACCUCAGAAUUCCUUCGGUUGUGGUUGAUCAAGUGGCUUCAACAGCAAUUGAGUUCACGAUAUACAGAAGCCAUGUCACAUGCUGGGAUGAUGUCACAGUGCCUCUUCACUAUAUUGGUGUUCACAUUCCUGAGCUGAGAGGAUCAAACCUGCUGGCUACGUGGUCAAUCAAGGCCUGGAACAAGCAGCAGCUGUCACAUGUGUCCAAGGCAGACCAUUGGCAUGGGUUCUUCAGGAUUGCUGACAAUUUGUUGUGCGCCGUUCUUGGACGUAGCGGAGGAGCGGGUAUAUUUCUUAACCCCAAAACUCCGGACCGAAAACAUGAUCCUAGAUUUGUUGCAAUCUCCCUUCCCAAUGGAAAGCUACCAGAUGUGCUUGCCAAAGCCGAAGCAUGUCCCAAAGCAGUUGGAGUUGUCAAAAAGGGAGAAGCGUAUUGCAUCAGAUGCAAACGUGAGGAUGCGGAUCAGAUGAGAGCGUUCUUGAUGCCUGAAACUGCUUAUGUUGAAACAGCCAGUUUUUCGGAAGAUGAAACGUUGUAUGUCCUAACCAAUGUUCCACAGAUCAAUCGCGAUGAGUUGACAGUUGCACUUGCGAAGGCCAGUUGGAAGGCGAAUGCAAUCAGACCUCAAGGAAUGAAGCGUUGGUUGGUGGCUGCAAAGCACGAACCUCCCACCAGCCAUUUGGGAAUCAACGGAAUGAUUGUGGUUGUAGAAAAGGCCAAGAGGAGUGCUCCUGUGAUGCAACCCGUUACCAUGUUUGCCAGGGAGUUCAAGGUUGACACCAUCCGAGACCCUGCAAACAACGUCGUUCAGGUGUCGACAACGUCCAGAAUUGCGGAGUUCAAAGCCCAGAUGGAUGACCAGAUCACUGCUGCUGUCGAUCAAAGACUUGCAGAAGCCCAUGCCAAGAUUGAGGAGCUCCAGACAGCUCUUACGGAUGUCAAGGAAUCUGCUGCCAAAUGCCAUGCCAGUAUGUCAUGCGACAUGUCCCAGAUGAAACAGGAGCAGUCUUUCACCAGACAGAAAUUACAGGAAGUUGAAGCUAGUGUUGCAACGUCUGGCCAGGCCAUCAUCCAGCAGAUGCAAAGCAUGUUUGCUACCUUGCAGUCCAGUCUUGAAAAGACCGUUCAGCAAAGCAUGAGUGUGGAAGCUGAAAAGAGACCCAGGUUGGAUGACAGUUCGCGCAAUGACCCAUUCUGCACUAAGUCCAAUUGA